UAUCGAAAUAAAAGAAUUUUAAUUGCCGGUUUUGCUUUUCAAGUAGCAGGUAUAAAUAACGCUAAAGUUGUUUGCAAAUGCGCAAUAAUGAGCGAGUAUUCGGCGGAGUUUAGUGCUGCGGAGCAGACGCUCAUCGACAAAGAAUUUUCUAGACUUGCGGAUAGCACCUACCUGGAUCAUGCGGGCACAACGCUCUACGCCAAGACUCAAGUGACCGCCGCCGCACAGCAGUUGCAACGCGAUGUCAUCUGCAAUCCACACACCUGUCGCGCCACCGGCGACUAUGUGGAUCAGGUGCGCUACAAAAUCUUGGAGUUCUUCAAUACCAAUGCCGAUGAUUAUCAUGUUGUCUUUACGGCAAAUGCAACGGCUGCACUGCGUCUUGUGGCUGAGCACUUUGAUUUCUCGAGUGAUGGCAACUUUCAUUACUGCCAGGAGAAUCACACCUCAGUGCUGGGCAUGCGUCAGCUGGUGAAGGCCAACGGUAUUUAUAUGCUCACCCCGGAGCAGAUUCAGCUCAACGAUGUGGACAUGAACUCGCACUCCACAUUCUCAACUGACAAUUCUGUCAAGUCUGGCAAUUCCCUGAUUACAUUCUCCGCUCAGUGCAACUUCAGUGGCUACAAGUUGCCCUUAACAGUCAUUGACAAGAUGCAUGAACACGGCUUGCAGCAACCUGGCAAAUGCGUGUGGAGCAAGGGAACGGCAGAGGAGCAGCCAGAGAAUUCGGCUUACAACCACAACAAUUAUUAUGUAUGCUUGGAUGCGGCAUCAUUUGCAGCCAGCAGUCCGUUGGAUUUGCAACGCUAUCGCCCUGAUUAUGUGUGCAUCAGUUUCUACAAAAUCUUUGGCUAUCCCACUGGAGUGGGUGCAUUGCUGGUUAGCCGGCGAGGAGCUGAAGUGCUACACAAGCGUUUCUAUGGCGGCGGCACCAUCAACUAUGCUUAUCCCCAUACCAUGGAUCAUCAGUUGCGCGAUGAGUUCCAUCAACGCUUCGAGGAUGGAACGCUUCCAUUUCUGUCCAUUGUGGAGCUGCUGCAGGGAUUUCGCACGCUGGAACGCCUUGUGCCUGGCCGCAGCAUGGAGCGCAUCUCGCGACAUGUUCAUGGCCUGGCACGCUACUGUGAGCAGCAAUUGCUGCAGCUGAAGCAUUCCAAUGGAGCACCGCUCAUCACGCUGUACAACAAUGCCGGCUACGAGGAUCGAUCCAAGCAGGGCGGCGUUGUCGCCUUCAAUCUGCUGACCGACUCUGGCGGCUAUGUGGGAUUUGGCGAGGUGGCCUGUGUGGCUGCACUGCAUCGGAUUCUGUUGCGCACCGGUUGCUUCUGCAAUAUAGGCGCUUGUCAGCGUUACUUGAAGCUAACUGAUGACACCAUGGAUGCCAUUUACAAGCGCGCUGGACGCAUCUGUGGCGAUUACUAUGAUUUGUUGGAUGGCCAACCCACGGGUGCAGUGCGUGUAUCCUUUGGAUACAUGACGCGCAUUGAAGACAUUGAUCGCUUGCUGCAAAUGCUUCGUGCCAGCUAUCUGAAUGUCAAGCCGCAGCAGCGUCACAGCUUCAUUGAGGAUCAGGCGGAGCUGCUGCCCAAGGUACUGCAGCAACGAGCUCAGCGUUUGCGUCCACGGCUGCUGCAGUUGGCCAUCUAUCCGGUCAAGUCUUGUGCCGCCUUCAAGAUUACCCAGCAAGCUGGGACAAGUUGGCCCCUGACGGAGCAGGGACUACAGUACGAUCGGGAAUGGAUGAUUGUGGAUAUGAAUGGCAUGGCUCUCACCCAGAAACGCUGUACGGAUCUCUGUCUAUUGCAGCCAAUCAUCGUUGAGGAUCAACUGCAGCUGCAUUUCAAUAGCAAGGAUACUUCGUCCUCGUCCUCUUCCUUUGUAUGCGUGCCACUUUCGCUCAGUGCUCAGGCUGAAAACUCGGCACGUUGUCGCAGCAAAGUGUGUCGCCAGCCGAUUGAAGGCUAUGACUGUGGCGAUGAUGUGUCCACUUGGCUGAGCCAGCAGCUGGGCAUGGAAGGACUGCGUCUGCUGCGUCAAUCCGCACAACGCAGUGCUCCAGGUGGCCAGCAGCAGCAGCUCAGUUUGGUCAAUCAGGCACAGUUUCUGCUUGUCAAUCGCACCUCAGUGCGUUCGCUGGAAUUCGAGGAGCCGCUGGACGAGACCGUCGAUCGUUUUCGUGCCAACAUCAUUAUGGAGACGAACGUGCCUUUCGAGGAGCUGUCCUACACUCGACUGCGCAUUGGCGAUGUUCAUUUUCAGGUGGAUGGUCCCUGUCAGCGCUGUGACAUGAUAUGCAUCAAUCAGCGCACCGGACAACGUUCUCCGGAGACGCUUACGACCAUUGCCCGCAUGCAGAGCGGCAAGAUGCGAUUCGGGAUUUAUGUUUCUCGUGUCCAACAGGAAACGACAGACAAACGGAAGCAACAACAACUGUCAUGUGGCGAUCCCAUUGUAAUUAGUUAGUCAUUGAAAUAAUUUUAUAAUAGAUGUUAUCUAUUUACAAACAUCACUUGACAUUCCUAGAACUAAUCUGUAUGUACAUAUGAAUCUUCUAGAUUUGUUUAGUUUAAUACAAUUGGAAACAGUAUGCCUUUUGAGUACUUGCCAGUAUCAUGUAUACCAAACCAUGUGUUCCACAGAAUAAAAACAAAAUACAAUCAGUUCUAA